AUGUCUAACGUUACAACAUUCAAUCAUUUACCAAAUGAAUUAAUUAUUUGUAUUUUUUCUUAUUUGGAUGCCACAGAAACUUUUCAAGCAUUUUUUGACUGCAACCAUCGCUGUCGAAAAUUAGUAAAACAUUAUGUAAAUUAUAAUCGCCACGCACUUGACAAGGAUAUUGAACGAUUUUCAACUCUACAUAGUUGGUAUAAACAUUUAGGUUUUGUCGAUUCUGGUACGAUAUUUUAUAUGGCACCAUUAAAGGGAGAGCAAGAACGUUACAACUUUAGUCCAUGUGUUUCUGAUCGUCAUGGUAUUCAUUGGCAUUUUUGGCGAGAAAAAACUAUGCCACUUGUGGAUAAAAGGAUAGAACAAAUUAGUCAAAAAUAUCCAAUUAAACUCAAUCCAUUUUUUCAUCCUAAUGGUGGAUGGAAUCAAUUAUAUUUGUCACAAGGUCGAGACUUUCUUCGCCAACACUAUCCAUCACAUAGUGCAUCAGGAUCAUUAACUAAAGCUCAAUGA